AUGUUUUCGAAUGCCAUAAAAUUAGAAAACUUGAAUGAUUACUACAACGAUGCUGAAGAAUGUAUAAAGCCAUUUUUAUAUGCAUCCGAAGCUAAUGAAAAUAAAAUAGAGAAACCCAAUUUGAUUAAUAUUAAUAAGAAAAAGAAUGUAAAAAGCAAAAAUAAUAAUGAAAGAGGCGAAAUUUCGCUAACCGACUGUUUGGCAUGUAGUGGCUGUGUUACCAAUGAAGAAACAAAUUUUUUAAAAAAUCAAAAUUCAAUUGAAAUAUUAAAUAAUUUAAAAAAAAAAAAAAUUAACAUCAUUUCAUUAUCAUUACAAAGUUUAACAGCAUUGUCUGUGUAUUAUAAGUUGCCAAUCCAUACAACUCAAAAAAAAUUAUGUUUUUUUUUUAAAUCACUAAAUUUUGACUAUGUUUAUGAUUCAUCGUUGAGUGAAUUAAUCGCAUUAGAUCAGGCAAAACAAGAAUUCCUUUCAUAUUUUUAUAAAAAAAAUCCAGAUUUAUGUAAACAGACAAAAACCAAACUUGAUACUACGCAGACACCUAGUAGUGAUACAAAAACCGGGGAUAAACCAUUUGGAGGUAUUUUUAAAAAAUUUAAAAAUAAAGUAAUAAAUAAUGAAUCAAAAAAAGAAAAUGAUAAUACUAAUGAAACUCAAAAUAAUUCAAACAAUCGAUCCAUAAAACUUAAUAACGAUAAGGAACUAUUAAAUGACUAUGAAGAUACAACCGAUUAUAAAUGGGAUGAAAAUUUCCCAAUAAUAUGUUCUCAUUGUACUGGUAGUGUUAUAUAUGGAGAGAAAAAACUAGAUGAAAAUAUUUUAAAUGCAUUUAGUAAGUUAAGAAGCAGUCAAGAUAUACAAGGAAUCAUUUUAAAACUGUUACAUGUUCAGAAUAGCUUGUAUACAUACCCACUACUCAAAAAACAGCUUGCUAAUAGUUUCUUUGACAUGUAUAAGUAUAAAUUAAAAUUUAUAAAAAGUUUUGAAAAAUACUACCUAAAAAAUAACAAUUUAUUAAAAAAUACAUAUAGUAAUAAUAAUAAUGAUGAAAAAGAAAAUAAUGAAAAUAAAACGGAUGCACAUAUCCCUGUGUCAAUUUAUGAAAUAAAUCAUGUUUAUUUGUUAUAUUGUUUUGAUAAAAAAUUGGAAUCGCAAAGAAAUAAUAGUUCACAAAAAGAUGCUGUUGAUAAAAAUAUAGCAACAUAUUUGAAUUAUUUUAGUUUGAACAAAAUAGCUAAUAAUGUAGAUCUAAAUAGUUUAUAUAAUAAUACUAAUAAAACAAAUUUAAACAAUGGAUUUUAUUACGUAGAUUCCGUUUUAACAACUAUCGAACUUGUUGAAUUAAUUAAUAAAUUGCAAAUAAACUUUUAUGCAUUACCUGAAAUCAAUAUUGAUAAUAUUUACCCCCUAUUUGAAAAAAUAAACAAAUUUGAAUUAUCAAAUAAUAAUACAAAUAUCACUACCACAAAUUCUGUAGGUAUAGAAAAUUCUAAACAAGAAGAAAAGGACAAAAAAAAAAUACAAAAUACAUCUGAUGAAAAUACUGAAUUACAGAAAGAAACAAAUUUUAAUGAAUCUCUACAAUUUAUCUAUCAAAAUUUAUCUGAUAAAAUAAUUCGAUGUAGCAAUACAAAUAAUAUUUCGAUGGGGUAUGGAGAAGAAAUAUUUAAAUAUGUAUGUAAUAAAAUUUAUGGUUACAAUUUAGAUGAAAACAAUUUUAAUUUCAAAUAUAAUGAUAUAAUUGUAUUUUCUUUACAUGAAAACGAUAUUUGCGUUUUCAGAGUUGUUUUAUCUUAUGGUUUUAAAAGUAUGUAUAAUGUUUUAAAAAAAAUAAAAGAAGGAAAAUAUAUAAAGAGAGAUGAAAUAAAAAAAGAUUCCAAAAAAACAUACAAUGUUGAAAUUAAUUAUGAUCUUCAAUUUAAUGGUCAAAUUGAUUAUGUAGAAUUAAUGGCUUGUGAAAAAGGAUGUCUUUUUGGAUGUGCACAAAAUAUUUUCGAUGAAUAUGACAUUCCUGAUUUGUCUACAUGUUCAUGUUAUAAUCUUAAUAUUUUUAAAAAAGUUGCUGAGCAAACUGUUAUACAAAAUUUUGAUUUUCUUUCCAUAGAACAUGAUAAUGAAAAUACACUUUCAGAAAAUAAGGAAAUCCCAAAUUAUAUAUGUUGUUCAAGCAGGCAUCACAAAACAUUAUCCAUGAAUAAACUAUCUAGCCAAAUUAAAUAUAAUCAAAAUAAAAAAACGGAUAAAGAAAAAUUAUUUCAAGAUUUAUAUAACAAAAUUCAUAACAAUGAAUAUACAACAUAUGUUAAUUCAGAUGAAUCUACAAACGAUUCAACUGUUAAUUCAUUUUUAAAUAAUGUUUUUAAUAUUUUUAAUACAAAAACCUUUCAUAUAUUUAAAACCACUUUAACUUCAAAGAAGAAAUUGGACAUAAUUAGCUGGUAG